AAUAAACGGGACUUAUCUUGUUACUCCAUUUCAUAGUGGGGGUAAUAUGAUAGCAGAACUCGGUCUGAGUAGUUUGGUUUAAGUUUUUGAAAAUCUUAGUUUGAUUAGCACAAGCCCGUCACUAAAGAACAUUUUGAAGGCGGAAGUUUGCCUCACCGUGCGCGCACAACUACUGCGCAGCUACGUCACUAUCCGUUUGCUACGGCAAAGAAGGGCGCGAGAUAGAAAUCCGUGAGCGCGGAGAACCCGGCGCUCUGCUCCAGCUGGUCACAGGCUGUAACAUUACCGUUCAACACAGCAACAACGAGCCUCCAUCACUGCCGCUGGCCGCUUUGGAGAGGCAACAAACACGCGGGACCCAAGGAAUAUAACACCGAAUACACAUGCACAUGACGUGCAACGGCAGCAGGACAUAUCACCGUCGCAGCGUAAACAACAGAAACAGAGGGAAAUGUCCUGGUGGCCGCGCGGUGAGGAUGGAGAGGAGGCCAUGCUUCAAGACACCGAUUCGGACGUGGCAGAGCAGAGAGACGGUGGGAAAGUGAAGGUGAAGUGGACACAAGAGGAGGAUGACAAGCUCAAGGCGCUGGUUCAAAAACUGGGACCAAAUGAUUGGAAAUAUAUUGCCAGCUACAUACCAAAUCACACUGAACACCAGUGUCAGCACCGCUGGUUCAAGGUCUUGGACCCAGAAUUGGUUAAGGGUCCUUGGACCAAAGAGGAGGAUGAGAAGGUUAUAGAGCUUGUGAAUCUCUAUGGCAACAAACAGUGGGCAAUGGUAGCCAAGCAUCUGAAAGGCAGACUGGGUAAGCAGUGCAGAGAGCGCUGGCACAACCACCUCAAUCCCAACGUUAAGAAGUCAUCAUGGACAGCCGAGGAGGAUCUCAUCAUCUACAAGGCACACUGCCUGCUCGGAAACCGCUGGGCUGAGAUUGCCAAGCUGCUACCUGGAAGAACGGACAAUGCAGUGAAAAAUCACUGGAAUUCGACCAUCAAACGCAAGUUGGAGAUGGGCUUCUAUGCCGGGGAGGUCUUUAAGCCUGAAGAACUUGAAGAGCUGUUGGCCCGUGUUAAUAGAGAUGUACAGAUGCCUAGUUGCUCUCAGGAUGGCACCGACAAGGACCCAGAGCAGAAAACACAUCCUUCAUUGCAGGAAAAGCAAGUCUCUGCCUCUCUUAAAGCCAGCCCCAGUGAAGCAGGACCAUCAAAGGCUGCCCUCUCUCCAAAGGAUAGCUUAAGCCCUAAGACUGAAGCAGACACCUCAGGAGACAUGAACUGUACCAGCUGGGUGGUGGACAGCUCUGGCUUUCUCUCCCCUACUGGCCCAGGACUGAAGGAAGUGCUGGACAUGGUGGAUGGGGACCUGGAUGGCUGGUGCAACUUAGCAGCUUUUGACCUGCCCGAGGAGAGUCCGAGCCCAGAGCGCCACCAGUUUCGUCUGGAGGGAAGUGCCUUGCAGGAGUUGAGCAAGGGCUGCAAGGGGGAACUCAUCCCCAUCUCCCCUGGAGGGGUCACGCCGCCCUCCAUACUGAACCGCCGAAGUCGGAGACGUAUCGCCUUGUCGCCUGAUGCCAGUAACUCCAUGACUCCCAAGAGUACUCCAGUUAAAAUCUUGCCCUUUUCUCCAUCUCAAUUCCUCAACAUGUGGACCAAGCAGGACACUCACGACCUGGAGAACCCGUCCCUCACAUCCACACCCGUGUGCAGCCAGAAAGCCAUUGUUACUACACCGCUACAGCGAGAUAAGACCCCGCUCACUCAGAAGGAAAACUCAGUAUUUGUUACACCCAACCACAAGUCCGAGCUCUGUACGACCCCACGAACUCCAACGCCGUUCAAAAAUGCCAUGGAGAAGUAUGGCCCUCUACAGCCUCUGCCUCAGACACCAAACCUUGAAGACGACAUAAACGAGGUCAUCCUAAGAGACUUGGUUGUUGUACGUUCGACUCCGCCUGAGCAAAGACGCAAAACUAUGCAUCGCCCUCCUAUGAAGAAAGUGCGGAAAUCAUUGGCCCUAGAUGUCAUGGACUGCCAGGUGAUGCCUACAUCCAAACGCAAAUCCAUCAAGGCCGAAGCCAAACACGGCAUCAAGGAAGAACCUGUGAUAGUUUCUCUGAACUCCUCAUCAUUUUCCAGUAAGCAGCAUGAAAAUAUUUUGGAUCAGGGCUUCCUUUUGGGACCAAGUGACAGUGCCAUAUUUCCCAACACAGUGCCCCCAGUUCCUAUGUCAAAAGAAUGGGAGACGGUUGUUUGUGGAAAAACUAAAGACCAGCUCAUAAUGACGGAGAAAGCCAGACGCUACCUUCGCUCACUAAAAUCCAACGCACCCAACCGGGCUCUGAUUCUGUCCUGAGCAAUCUCUCAUCUUUUCACUAACCUGUUACACGUACAGAGCGCAAUGUUGCUGUUUGUCCCUGCCUUUUUGCUGUUGUAAUGUUGGAGAAAAGAGCGUGUCCUGUGUAGGUUUAGUGCAGUUUUUGAACAAGUCAUUAGCAGUCAAAACCUUUACAGUAUGUAGCUCUGUCAAUAAUUUGAGAGAUAAUGAUGCUUUUAGAUGUAGUCUCACUCCAAUGGCUUGAAGUUAUUUCAUUGUGUUGUUGUCACUUACACGUGUUUGAGAAGAACAAUGAAUGUAAAAUUGAAAAAUCACGGCUAUGUACUUUUGCUCUCUGAAAAGACAUGGUUUUACAUUGCAUAAUGUGUCUGUAAUUUAACAGUGUUUUAAAAUUGUGAAGAGUACACAGACUCAGGUUGAACCUCAAUAUCUAUAUUUGUUAUAUAACAUACUGUAGUUUUGAUUGUGGAGUAAAUUCAGACAGGUUGAUCAGUAAUACAUUAAGGGAUGCGUGAUCUAUGUUGAAAGUGUUAAGUGAACAUUGUCUUUUUGUAAGAUCUGUAUAGCAUAUGUAUAGAUUUAUGAUAUACAUCUCAAUAUGAAUGAAAAGUUAGGACCUCAUACAAAAUUGACAUCUGCUGAAAAUUUAAUAGUGACUGCAGCACACAUCAGUAACACAUCAAGGUGACUUACGACUUAUUAAGAUCCAACCAAGUGAUGAAUACAACAAGGAAAGUUGGUUUUUAUGCAAUAUUCAAUUAGUUGAGAUGUAAUGGGGGUAUGGAAGCUAUUCCGACCAUUGAUUGCAAUAGUAUUAUGUUAUUUGGCACUGUCUGUAAAUAUUUAGUGUUGUAUGUUUUUAAUUCAUCAUACAACAGUUUGUUAAGAAAUUUAAUAAAACAUACUAUUUCCAGUA